CACAAAUAAAUACCACGUCACCCAACCUGUCCCCAGAAAGCGACAGACACGGUAGAGCUGAUUUCUGCCAGGAGAGUGAAGCAAGCCGUUACAGUGAAAGUGUAAGAUCUAGGCGCUGUGUGUAUGCGGAUGCACACAGGAGCAUAGCGCAGGAAGCUUACGUGUUCAAGGAUUCGUCUCCGGAUUUAAAUUAACCCGCCGUGCUCAGACGGUCCGUCCAUAAUCCCCUCUUUCGUGACGUGCACAGGCUAUUUACCGCAAACCCUACUCUCAAUCAAGAAAUCUCAUAAGCCCACCACCGACCGCAUUUUCCGCGUUUUCCUCUAAGAUCGAGUCGGAAAUACUUGCAUGCAAUAAGGAGUGUCCUUACGAUCGAGAAUAGCCCCGCCAUGGCUCUGUACGUCGCGAAUCUCUGUCUCCUACCACCGUUCCUCGCUCUGCCGUCACUCCUUCAACACCACUCCACCACCCUCGCCCACCUUCGCGACGACGGCGGCGGCGACGGCUCCGGCGACGAAUCAUGUCGCACGGGCGACGGAAGCCGGUGUGACGACUCAGGCGCGCAAGCCAUGAUAACGAACCCCAUGAAGAAUCCGCUAAUGGUGCCGAUGCUAGAGCGAGAGCCGGUCAUGGCUCACACGAUCGAGUACCCGCAAGUGAAGGGGGCGACGGAGAAGAGAGGCCGGCGCGUGCGGUGGGGUGAUGAAGCCGGCUUCUCGCUCACUGCCAUUCGCGAAUACGAGCCAAGCGAGACGCGGCACCCGGAUGACGUGGCAUGGUGGGAGAUCGAGGAGGCGGACGAUGACGUGUGCAACUGCGCCAUGCAGUAAAGUCGGAGGGGCGCACUGCUGCCACGGCGGAGCGGAAAGCUGCGCCAUGCAGUAAGGCCUGAGGAGCGCCCUGCAGCGAUGGCGGAACUAAGUGCUGCGCAUGGAGAGAGGGAGGAGCUUAGCUGCGCCAUACAGGGAAAGCGGAGCUGCGCCAUACAGGGAAAGCGGAGCUGCGCCGUACAGGGAAAGCGGAGCUGCGCCGUACAGGAAAAGCGGAGCUGCGCCAUACAGCGAGGGCGGAGCUGCGACGAGCUGCGCCCGGCGACCUGCCGUGCAGAGAGCUCCUACACAAUACUGCACGUUAUACACUACAAAUACUGUGUGCACUAUGCAUUAUGCACUCAAUGCUGUGCUGCUCACUUCUGCAUCGGACACGGUACAUAAGGUACACUGAGCACAGAACAGCAGGAUGCACACAGAUACAGUGAGUGAAGCAACGAACAGGAAGCGCAGGAAGAAUAAUCUCCUGCCAUGGCAUCCAGGAGAUUGCUUCUGCCUUACCGGCUCAGCAGGAGGUGCAGCGUAAGCUUGUGCAGCGUAAGCUUGUGCUUGAUUGUGUGUUAUACCUACCCGAGGUGGUUUCUAAAUCUGGGGGGUGCAGCGUAAGCUUGUGCUCAGGCUGCUUGGUUGUGCGUUAUAACUAGCUCAUGUUGCUUAGGAGGAGCUAUCGCCCCAUACGUGUGAAAUAGGCCCACAUCGUAGAAGGUCCAUCAAUUUUCUAGACACGUGAAUUCUGGAGAGCAGACCUCUCAAACCAGUGUUGUUUCUGUGAAAGGCACUAGUCUACUCAGUGUACUAAUUAGUGAAUUAGAGCGUGUUCCUACGAGCCUCUUCCCAGGCAACCUCUUCCCAGACUCA